AAGGUACUUUUACGACGACACUAUACAGUUUAUUCAAUUAAUUCAAGUUUUUAAUCAAUUUUUGGUUCAUUUAAUUUGAAAAAGUGAUGUUAUCGUUGAGGUUUCAUUUCUCUUCUUUUGCAGUUGCAAUUCACAAACCCUUUAUUACACAUUCUUCGUUUUCUUCUUCUCCUCGGAGACUCUUUUUCCUUCUUCCUUCUCAAGCAAAAACUCUAAUCAACAUCUCCAGAAAUUACUGUUGCUUCUGUGUGAAACCCAUUAAACAUAACAAUGGUGUUUUUCCAGUGGCCAAUAACAUUCAAUCUUCUUCUUCUGCUUCUUCCUUCUCCAACGAUUUUCCCUUUUCAGGAUUAGAGGAUGUUUUUGUGAGCUUCGUCUUUGGAAAGAAGAGGGCUACGGAUGUUGCUCACAUGGUAUGGAAACAUAUUAUUCAGAAAGGAGACACAGUCAUCGAUGCCACAUGUGGCAACGGUUUUGACACCUUAGCAUUGCUCAAUUUGGUUGCUGAUGAUUCACAUAAUGGUUAUGUGUAUGCAUUGGACAUUCAGAAAGAUGCUUUAGAUAAGACUUCUUUGUUGCUAGAAGAAUCACUUAAUUCCAAUCAGAAACAACUUGUCAAGCUAUUCAAUAUUUGCCAUAGUAAAAUGGAAGAAGUUGUUCAAAGGAAUGCCUCUAUUAGGCUUGUUGCAUUCAACUUAGGUUAUCUUCCCGGCGGUGACAAAGAAAUAAAAACAAGAUCAGAAACAACGUUAAUGGCAUUAGAAGCUGCAAAGAGAAUUCUAAUACCAGGAGGGCUUAUUAGCAUAGUGGUAUACGUCGGGCACCCCGGUGGACGGGAAGAAUUGGAAGCUGUUGAAACUUUUGCUGCUACAUUGUCUGUUGAGAAUUGGAUCUGUUGCAAGCUCCAAAUGUUAAACCGUCCAUGUGCUCCGAUCCCAAUUUUCUUAUUCCAAAGAUAAUUUAAAUGUCUGCUAUAUGAUUUAUUGAUUGUAAGAAUAUUACAAAUCCUUGCCCUUAAUCUUAUAAAACAAUUAGUUAUCUUUGAUUUGUUGGAUAGAAAAUAAUAUAGGAGAAUGAGUGCAAAUUUUUGAAUUGGUUGAA